AAAAGAGAGUCUGUUACCUAAAAGAGAGCAGAGAAUCAAGAGAGUGAAAAAUGCGAAGGCAGCUGGGCGUGGGGCUGCUUACUAAAAUCGCAAGAAAUGGCCCUUCGAUCAACUUAAUAUCGCCAAAAUCUGUGUCUCCCUCCUCAUUCCUCAUCCCAUUUUAUCGUCGCUCUCUCUCCGAGUAUUCCACGCUUUCACGUUCCCAUUUAUGGAAACUAUGCUGUCCCAAUGGCCUUAGAGGGACCAUCCAAAAUGGGGCUUUUCCCACUUCACUUGUCGCAACAAGGGUUUUUUCGAGCGCCCUUUUGCAGGGCCGAGGCAAAUUUCCUGUUACGUUUCGUAACAGAAGAUCACUGGCUUCGUUUUCACUAGACAGCCGGCGGUACUUCUCUCUCUCUAUAUAUAGAUAUACAUUUAUGUGUGUGUGUUUGUGAUUCCUGUUCAAUUCUCUCUCUCUCUCUCUCUUUUUCUUUUUCUUUUUCUUUUUCUUUUUGCAAAGAGAAUAGAAUGCUUCAAUCUUGUUCUAAUGUUGAUCGAGAUUCUCCAUCGUGAAUUACGAAAGCAAAUUAAUAUUUCUUUCUCAGUUUGAAUUUAUUGAAAUAAUGGAAAUUACUACUCUGUUUAUAUUAAGUAGCGUUGUCUGCUUAAAUUUGUAAAGAUGAUUGAUGUGAACAGAGGUGUUUCGGUUCUGCUAUUCAACUCUGCGGCAUCUCUGUUUAACCACCAAAAGCUCCUUUAAUUUAUACCGGUUAAAGCCCAUCAACGUGUCAAAUGCUGGUUUGAUAGACUGCUGUAUAGUUUCCAUUUUUGUUGCUUCUCUUAUUCUCUCUAUGCACUAACUCCGAAAGUCGCCUGUUGUUUAAACUAGAAUAGGAGCUCUCUCUCUCUCUCUCUCUCUCUCUCUCUCUCACACACACACACACACAAACACACAUGGCAAAUGACAAGAAUGUACUAGUUUGGUUGUUCAUGCUAUAAUGGUUUUCCAUUACAUGGGACUUUCAAACCCUUUCUAAAUUAAACUUCUUAUUUACAAGCCAUUUCAGACUAAGUAAAUCAUACUAUAAGAUAAUUUGUGUUUAAAGCUUUUUUUUUUUUUUUUUUAAAUCUUUAACUUGAUUAAGGCCAAUGCAAGUUUAGUGGAUGAGAAUGUUUGGAAUUUUUUGUCCGUAAUAUUUUCCCAGAUCGCAUGUUUGAAUGAUAAUAAGCACUGAUUGAAUGCAUGAUUUCAAAAAUGUGGGAGGUCUGGUGCAAAGGCAAAAUUUGUGAUGUAUUGGCCGAGUUUAGCCUCUUCCAUCCUGCAGAAUGAGAGAUCAUUUUUCAGAAGGCUUACAACCGACGGAGUUUUGUGGGGAUUGAUAAUGACGAAUGUUGCUGUCUUUAUGUUAUGGAAUGUUGCAGACACAAAGUUUAUGGUGAAGAAUUUUAUGAUUUCUGUAGAAAACAUCAAACAUGGCCAGCUUCACACGAUGAUAACCAAUGCAUUCAGUCAUAGAGAUGCGUUUCACCUCUUUUCAAAUAUGGUCGGGCUCUACUUCUUUGGAAGCAGUAUAGGACAAACUUUUGGACCUCAAUAUUUGCUGAAGUUGUAUCUAGGUGGUGCGAUUGCUGGCUCGAUCUUUUAUUUGGUAUAUCAGGCUUUCAUAGCUCCAUCAGUCGAGAGUAAACCGGGACGUCUUAGCCAUUCGCAAGUUCCAGCACUGGGUGCAAGUGCUGCUUUGAAUGCGAUAAUACUGCUCAAUAUACUUCUAUAUCCAACAUCGACUAUCUAUCUAGAAUUCUUUGUACCAGUUCCUGCUUAUUUAGUGGGGGUGUUUUUGAUCGGCAAUGACAUGUGGAAGGUGUGGAAGGGCAAUACAGAAAUUUCCGGAGCCUCUCAUUUAGGUGGAGCAGCGGCUGGUGCCUUAGCGUGGUUGAGUAAAAGGAAGGGACGCUUUGGACGAUUCUGAGUUUAUAACUCAUUUAGUGUAUGAGCUUUCAAUAAUUGCAUCUACUAUGAGAUUUAGGUUGGUAUUUUUGGACUAUAUUUGACUGCUUCUGAGAUUUUAAUUAGGAAAUGAGAUGCAUUUUCCCAGUUUUCUCA